AUGACUGAAAACGUGAACGAAAGUUGUGUCUUCUUUAAAAAGCGUAGUCGAAAAAAUAUACGACAAAAAGAGGGUUCUUCUAGUGAAGAUGAAGCAGUCAUAAAAACUCAGAAAAGACGUCAAAUUAAUAAUAUGCUGUAUCAACAGACUUCAAAGUUUAGUGGUAACAAAAACUGCUCAUCUGAUGAUGAUUCUGAUAACAGCACUCCUAAUACCGUCACUUAUAAGGCUUCUCAUUCUAAGGAAUCUAGGAUAACAAAAGAGCGUAUUGCAACUGCUACUGUGGAGAUCGAUACCGAUGUGAAAUGUGAUGCACAAGCUAUCUUUGAAAAAGCUCAAAAAUUAAACCAGGAAUCUCAGAAUCGUAAUAUAUAUAAGGGACUCAACAAUUAUGCUCAGUACAUUGAGAAGAAGGACACUAUCAUGGGCAAUGCAUCUAGUGGCUUCAACCGUAAAGGUCCUAUGCGAGCACCAGCCAAUUUAAGAGCUACUGUAAGAUGGGAUUAUCAACCGGAUAUUUGUAAAGACUACAAAGAAACAGGAUUUUGUAGUUUUGGGGAUAGCUGCAAGUUUCUUCAUGACAGAUCAGACUAUAAACAUGGUUGGCAAAUAGAACAAGAAUUAGCCGAGGGAGUGUAUGGAAUUGAUGGUGAAGACAAUCGUUACGAAAUAUCGCACAACUCUUCUGAAGACGAAGGCUUUGAAGAUAUUCCAUUAUUUUGCAUGAUUUGUCGCAAAGACUAUAAAGACCCAGUUGUAACCAUAUGUAAACAUUACUUUUGUAGUGAUUGUGCUCUUCAGCGAUAUAAAAAGACUGCACGGUGCUACGCAUGCACUACAGAUACCAAAGGCUUCUUCAAAUUUGCCAAGAAUCUAUUGUCCCGUAUUACUAUACUGCGUGAAAAAAAGAGGAAGCAUUCUGAAUUAAGCGAAAGUGAUCAUGAAGAUCAACAUCAUUCCUGUUCGCAUUCUCCUGUUCAAUGUAAAGGAGAACAAAGUGAUAAAGGUGACUUUCUUAACAAAAGUGUGGAGACUGGUUGGGUUCCAACCAAUAAAGUCCAACUUCCAAAAUCAUCAGAGCCGAAUUGGGCCAAACCCGAAGCACCAGAAUAUUGCGAUUCCGAUGAAGAAAGCGAUUAA